AUGGCUGGUGGCGGCGCAACCGCUGGUUCGAGGGAGCUCGAUCAAACGCCGACGUGGGCUGUCUCGGCUGUUUGUGCGAGCAUCGUCUUGAUUUCCAUCUUAUUGGAGAAGGUUCUUCAUUCUGUGGGAUCGAUAUUUCGUAAAAGGCGCAAGGCAGCCAUGUUAGAAGCUCUUGAGAAGCUGAAAGGAGAACUCAUGGUUCUUGGAUUUAUUUCGCUGCUAUUGACGUUUGGGCAAACCUACAUAGCUAAAGUCUGCAUUCCAGAACGUGCGGCAGAUACGAUGUUACCGUGCCCCCUUGCUCAAUCUAAUCAUCAUGGAGACAAUGCAGCUGGUGAUAAGGGGGAGGGGGAGGGGGAGGAGGAGGAGGAGAAGAGGCAGAAGCAGGAGAAGGAGGAGGCAGCGGCAGCGGGGUACGUGUCAAUGGUGUCCGUUAAUGCGUUGCAUCAGUUACACAUUUUCAUUUUCUUUCUAGCAGUGUUCCAUGUUCUAUACAGCGCAGUGACCAUGACACUUGGAAGAUUGAAGAUUCGCGGAUGGAAAGAGUGGGAGCGGGAGACAAUGACUGAUUUUGAGUUCUUGAAUGAUCCUUCAAGGUUUAGGCUCACCCAUGAGACAUCGUUUGUGAGAGAGCACAGUCACUUGGGGAACAAGACACCAUGUCUUUUUUAUGUCGUAUGCUUUUUCCGGCAAUUUUUCCGGGCAGUUCGCAGGGCAGACUACUUGACCAUGAGACAUGGAUUUAUUACCGUUCAUUUAGCACCGGGGAGCAAAUUCGAUUUUCAAAAGUACAUAAAAAGGUCGCUAGAAGAUGACUUCAAAGUAGUGGUGGGAAUCAGUCCACUUCUUUGGGCUUCUGUGGUGAUCUUCCUCCUUCUAAAUGUCUACGGUUGGCAAGCUAUGUUUUGGCUAUCUAUUCUACCUGUAGUGGUAAUCUUAGCUGUCGGGACGAAAUUGCAAUCCAUCAUAACACAGAUGGCUCUUGAGAUCCAAGAGAGACACGCUGUGGUUCAAGGGAUACCCCUCGUACAAGUCUCCGACCGGCAUUUUUGGUUUCAUUGGCCUCAGUUAGUGCUAUAUCUAAUCCAUUUCGUCCUGUUUCAGAACGCAUUCGAGAUUACCUACUUCUUUUGGAUUUGGUAUGAAUUCGGUCUGAAAUCCUGUUUUCACGACAAUUUUACCCUUGUCCUGAUAAGGGUGGCACUGGGGGUUGGAGUCCAAAUUCUCUGCAGUUAUAGCACACUCCCCCUAUAUGCUCUUGUCACUCAGAUGGGAUCGACCAUGAAGAGAUCGAUCUUUGACGACCAAACUUCGAAGGCUCUGAAACAGUGGCACAAGAACGCCUUAAAGAAGAAGACUGAUGGGAAAACAGAACUUUCCACUAGGACUCUGGGUGGAAGCCCUGGAGACUCGCCCGAGCAUUCGCCUAUGCAUGCACAACAACCUCAUCCUACAAAGAUCCGUCCCUCAGAUAAUGACGCCCGUUCUCUGGACAACAAUGCAGCAAGCAUCACAGCUAGUGUGGACGUUCCCGGGGAACGCAAUACCCAGAAUAAUGACAAAGGCUCUCCGUUCGGUCAGCACGAUCUACUAUCUGGUCCUUAA